AUGAAUAAAGAAAUAUAGCAAUUUUUGAAUAAUUUUUUUCCUGAUUUAAGUAAACCUCCAAAACCUGAUUUGGAAUUUAUGGAUGAAGAUGAAUUGUAUGAAUGGCUUCAUCAAAGAUUAUUAUUAUUUAUUGUUACAAAGGAUAUUCAAAUUGGAGCAGUGGCAAUUUAAUAAUGGUGUUAAAGAGGAUAUUGUAAAUCUGGAAUCCCAUUGGUUCAUUAAUUUCUAACAAUCAUGGCCGGUCAGUAACUGAAAAAAAAUCCUAAAAUGGCUGACGAAAUAAUUAAUCUCAUGCAGGAUGAUGAAGAAAAGUCGAAAUUGAUCUAUUAAUUGUAAUAAACUUAACAAUAAUAAGUAAGUUUACAAGUUUCAGAUUCACCCAAAGUAUUAAAAGCUCAACCAGAUAAAAAAGACCCUAGCAUAUUCUAGAAUAUUUUAACAGCCUUAAGGUGCUGGGAUAAAAAAUAAAAAUGA